AAAGAAAGAAAGGAAGAAACCUCCUCCUUUUUCUCCUGAUUUUUGCAGAGAGGAGACUCUGAAUGUAGCCUCAAUAACAAACACAUAUAGAAUUCAGAGACAGAAGGAGAAAGACUCAUUUGACCUCCAAAUGCACAUGGCUUCUUGGGCUUCUCUUCUCCCCACAUUAUUUUUGUUUUUCCUUUCCCUCACAGGCUCUCCUCUCUCUCAGUGGUUAACCAUUUUCUUUUUAAAAUAUCAUUGAUAAACUAUUGACUCAGCAGUUGAGCAGAUUCCUCAGAUCUACGGUGAACAACUUUCUGCUUAUUCUCCUACCAAACCUCCCAUUUCUUUUCUACUCCAAGGGUGUGAUUAAAGUGGAGCUUGUCCAGGAUUAUCUGUUAUAAUAUUAGUGAAGGGUUUAAAAAUUGUUGCAUUGGAAUUGGUUCAGAUGCAUAGACUGCUGCAUGUCGCAUGGUUCUUGUCUAUUUUAUAGAUGGAUAAAGUGGAUUUAAGUGAGUCAAAGUUCAAUAAGAUGGAGAACAAUCAAAUUGAUCAAAUUGAAGACAUGGACACUGAAGUUGUUCCUUCAAUGUGGCCUGAAGAUAUUGAUAGUGAAAAGCCAUACAAUGUAGAAAAACCAGGAGGGGAUCAAGAUAUGUUGGAGGAAGUUACUAUAGUUGAGGAGCCAAGUAUAAUUGAUUUCCGCCGUCUUAUAGAGCUAACCAGUUACACUGACAAGGGCUCUUCUCAGCUAGCAUACCUUGUAAAACAAUGGGAAUAUCAGCAGGUAACCGCUGUCCGCCUUCUCAGAGAAGAGCUUGACAUUCUAAGCCAGCAAAGGCAGGAAGUUGAGCUAAAAAAAUUGGAGAUAUUGGAAAAAUUUCGGUUUGAGGAAGAAGGAUAUGGUGGUGAUAAACGUCCAAUAUCUAUAUUGGAUGAAGUUAUUGAUAUAUAUCAAGAUCUUCCCCGAAGAAAAAAAGAUUUCAUUACUCCAAACAAGAAAGUAGAAAUAGAUGCAGAAUAUGACACUGUUGCAUACUGGAAGCAGCGAGCCAUUCAUUUGGAGAAAUUGUUGGAAGCCAGCAUCCAGAGGGAGCAAUCACUCAUUGAGAAGUUACAGGAAAGUGUAAAAAAUUUGGAAAGGCAGUCUUCCCCAGUAGAAGAAUUAUCCCAGAUUCUGAAAAGAGCAGACAAUUUCUUACAUUUUAUACUUCAAAAUGCUCCUGUUGUCAUGGGUCAUCAGGAUAAAGAGUUAAGAUAUCGCUUUAUCUACAAUCAUUUUCCAAGUUUGCAAGGAGAGGACAUUUUGGGAAAGACUGAUAUGGAAAUUUUUACAGGAGCAGGAGUUAAGGAAUCACAAGAUUUCAAGAGAGAAGUUCUUGAAAAAGGAUUGCCUGCAAAGAGGGAAAUUACAUUUGAGACAGAAUUAUUUGGGUUGAAGACAUUUUUGAUUUACGUGGAACCUGUAUUUAGCAAGUCAGGGGAGACGAUUGGGAUAAAUUAUAUGGGAAUGGAUGUAACCGACCAGGUAAGGAAAAGAGAAAAGAUGGCAAAGCUUCGAGAAGAGAUUGCAGUACAGAAAGCAAAAGAAACAGAACUGAAUAAAACAAUCCAUAUAACAGAGGAGACAAUGCGUGCAAAACAAAUGCUAGCAACCAUGUCUCAUGAGAUAAGAUCUCCUCUUUCUGGGGUUGUAAGCAUGGCUGAGAUUCUUUCCACCACAAACCUUGACCGUGAGCAAAGACAACUACUCAAUGUCAUGAUAUCUUCAGGGGAUCUCGUCCUUCAACUUAUAAAUGACAUACUUGACCUUUCCAAGGUUGAGUCUGGUGUUAUGAAAUUGGAAGCCACAAAAUUCCAUCCAAGAGAGGUAGUAAAGCAUGUACUCCAAACAGCUGCUGCUUCACUGCAAAAGAUUCUGAUCUUGGAAGGACGCAUAUCUGAUGAUGUUCCUAUUGAGGUCAUUGGAGAUGUUCUAAGGAUUCGACAAAUCCUCACUAACUUGAUCAGCAAUGCAAUCAAGUUUACCCAUGAAGGGAAGGUAGGGAUAAACCUUUAUGUGGUACCAGAUCCAUGUUUUGGAAAAGCGGAAGGAAACCAUCAGAAGUCAUCUGUUGGUCGUUCAACCACAAAUGUAUCAAAAGAGGAUAAAUGCACAUUGGCAUCUCAAACUAACAAUGAUCAAAAUGGUUCCCACACUCCUCGUCAAAAUCAUUCGCUUGAUGAUGAACCUAGAACUCCGGCUAGAAAUGAAAACACGAUGGAAGGAGAUAAACAGGAGGAUCAAUUACCAGAAACAGUUGUGUGGCUAUGCUGUGAUGUUUAUGACACUGGAAUUGGAAUACCAGAAAAUGCCUUACCUACUCUAUUUAAAAAAUACAUGCAAGUCAGUGCAGACCAUGCUCGAAAAUAUGGAGGGACAGGCCUGGGACUUGCAAUAUGCAAACAGCUGGUUGAGCUGAUGGGUGGCCGUCUAACUGUGUCUAGCAGAGUGAACUGUGGGUCUACUUUCACAUUUGUUUCACCAUACAAGGUAUCACCAAUGUGUGAUUCUUCUGAUGAUGCUGAUGAGCUAUCAGGUAUUACUGAUCAUGAUGCUGCAUUAGAGGAUGAAACUGAUGGAUACUUUUUGUUCCAACCACGUACUUUGGGCUCUCUAUUCUCUUCCAAUGGAUCCACCAGGACUCAAAAAUUACUACCACACAAUAUGGGCUAUGUUAAGAACGGAUUCUCAGACAAUCCUUACUCAUUUCCCUCUCAUAAUGUUAGAUCAAAAGAGACAGCCUCUGUUGAGGAUGCCUGUUCUACAGUUGAAGUUGCUGCGCCAUUAUCUGAACCUGAAAGUUCUUGUAGUCACAGUCCGGAACCUGCUAAUGAGAAUGUAGUUUGUAGAAACAAGCACUUUCAAGAUGACACAAAUAAUCAAUGGCAAACUUCUCAUGCAGAAUGUAGCAGAGAAGCCGAUGCAAGGCCAAAGACAAGUGAACCCAAAGGAUCAAGUCAGGCACAGGAGAAAUCUGAAAUAAGUUCUCAGUGCACAACUGGAAACAGUCCACAAGUGCAAACAUCAAAAUUACAGCCUAAGAUCCUUCUUGUAGAAGACAAUAAGAUUAAUGUAAUGGUGACUCGAUCAAUGAUGAAGCAAUUAGGCCAUAGCAUGGAUGUUGUUAACAAUGGAGUUGAAGCUGUGCGUGCAGUUCAAUGCAAUUGCUAUGAUCUCAUUUUGAUGGAUGUCUGCAUGCCAGUUAUGGAUGGCCUUCAAGCCACUAGACUGAUUCGUUCUUUUGAAGCAACUGGCAGUUGGGAUGCAGCAAUUAAGGCUGGAAUUGAAUUGUGUUUACCUUCCUCAAAUUCAUUACAAGAUACACAAGGUUCCAUGCCUUCUACCAAGCGGACCCCUAUAAUUGCAAUGACUGCAAAUUCAUUGUCAGAGAGUGCAGAGGAAUGUUAUGCAAAUGGUAUGGAUUCAUUUAUCUCAAAGCCUGUCACCUUUCAAAAGAUAAAAGAGUGUUUUGAACAAUAUUUUCCAUGAUAUCUUCUGUAAAUUUAUGUUUGUAUAUAUGAAUGACAAAGCGCUAGGAACGUUUUGUAAUCACUGUAUCAAGUUCUUUGUAGCCAUUAGCAUCUCAAUAGAAAUCAAGUUGUAUAAA